UACAGAUUGAAGAUUACUGGGAAAACUGACACUGGAGUACUGGGAGCUUGCAGUUAUUCAAAAUGCGUUUUUUUUCUAUGUUAUGAGUUUUAAAUGCGCUUUUGCUAAAAGUGAAACAAAUUUGAGGAAGAAAUUUCGUUUCAGCUGGAUUCUUACUCUGAGGUUAAAUGUCUUCUCAGUCAGAAAAGGAUCUCUCCUGUCCUGUCUGCCAUGACAUCUUCAAAGAGCCCGUCAUCCUGGAAUGCAGCCACAGCUUCUGUGAGGACUGCCUGCAGAGAUGGUGGUCUGAGAAACAGAUGCGCAUAUGCCCGAUGUGUAAGAAGAUAUCUCUUUUGAGACAUCCACACUCUAACCUGGUGCUGAAGAACCUGUGUGAGGGUUUCUUACUAGAGAGACGUCAAAAAGCUUUAGCAGGAUCUGAGCCUCUCUGCAGUCUGCACUCUGAGAAACUCAAACUGUUCUGUCUGGAUCAUCAGCAGCCUGUUUGUGUCGUCUGUCGAGAUUCAAAAUCACACAAUGACCACAAAUUCAGACCCAUUGAUGAAGCUGCAGAGGAUCACAGAAAGGAGCUGCAGAAAUCCUUGAUACCUUUAAAAGAGAAGCUGAAUUUUUUUGAAGAAGUUAAAGGCAAUUUGGAUCAAAUAAUGGAACACAUUAAGAUGCAGAGUAAAUAUACAAAAAGCCAGAUAAUGCAGCAGUUUAAAAAACUUCAUCAGUUUCUGCAAGAGGAAGAGGAUGAAAGGGUAAGUGCUCUGAGAGAGGAGGAGGAGCAGAAAAGUAAGAUGAUGAGGAAGGACAUUGAUGCUUUGAACAGUGAAAUAACAGUUCUCUCAGAUACAAUCAGAGUCACAGAGAAGGUGCUGACUGCAGGAAAUCCCUUAUUUCUGCAGAUCUACAAUGAUGCAGAAAGGAUUGUCACAAUAUCGCACCCCCAGCAUGAUGAUCCACAGCUGGUCUCAGGUGCUCUGAUCGAUGUGGCCAAACAUCUGGGCAACCUGACCUUUAAUGUGUGGAACAAGAUGAAGGACCUGGUCUCCUACUCUCCUUUGAUUCUGGAUCCAAACACAGCUCAUCCAGAGCUCAUCCUGUCUGAAGAUCUGACCAGUGUGACUUUUGGACAGAAACAGAAGCUUCCUCAUAAUCCAGAGAGGUUUGAUAAACAUAACUGUGUCCUGGGCUCUGAAGGCUUAAACUCAGGGAACCACAGCUGGGAUGUUGAGGUCAGAAACGAUCAACGCUGGGGUGUUGGUGUGAUGAAGGAAUCAGCUGAGAGAAAGGGACAGCUCCAGACUGGAUACUGGGAAAUAGUUCUCCUUGAUGGAAAACUCACAGCAUCCUCUCCACCACUUCCACAGAAAGUUCUCUCAGUGGAGAAACCCCAGAGGAUCAGAGUCCAGCUGGACUGGGACCGAGGGAAGCUGUCCUUCUUUGAUCUUGACACUAAGAAACACAUUUACACCUUCAAACAAACUUUCACUGAGAAGCUGUUUCCUUACAUUUCCACCAAUAAUAAAAUACCCCUGAAGAUUUUACCCAUGACCGUCUCUGUUACACAAGAGCAGGCAGUCCGUUUAUCGUCAGGUUUCUGGCCUUUCUAGAGUUGCAAACUAUGAUUAAUACAAAUGCUGUAAAGUACAUGCAUUUAACCAUUUCAGUUUAGUAAUGGUAAUGCUAAAAUACUAGUUAGCUGAGCUUUUUUCAGUUUCAGUUUUUCAACUUAUUUCAGUUGCUUGUUUUUAAUAUACUGUAAUAAAUAACAGGAUUUUAAUAUAAUGAUAAUGAAACUGGCAAAAAACAGUAACACAGUAUUUUCAAAAGGCUCCUCUAAAUAUGACAUUUAAUGUCGUGUUAUUGUGCAGUUAUGCUACAGUUCUUUAAAUUCAUAAAAAAUACAUUUCAGACCUUUGCAGUUAACAACAAAACGAUGGCAGUUAGUAUGACAUUUGUUGUGUUUUUAACAAGACUGAAAUAAAAAUAAUAUUGCAAUAGGACUUUAAUAUUGAUUAUUUUUUAUUAGCAAAAAUCAGUGACAACAUAUUGUGCAAUAUAAACUUUCAGAACUGAAUUAUGACAAAACUGCCUCAAUUUUAAGCUCCUCUGAAUUCAUUUUCAGACCUUCAUGAUGAUUAUUAAUAAAUGGAACUCCCAAGUAAGAGUAGAUUUUAUGACAUUUGUUGUGUUGGAAAUAUUUCAUGGUUAAUCAAGGCUAAAGUUUGGGAAGACCUUUGGGACCAUUUUUGGGUUCACAUAAAUAAUGAGGAUUUUGUAUAAGUAGUGAGCAGGAGUUUUAUAAAACUGCAACAUGAUUGCUUUCGUUAAUGUUUGUGGUAUGGUAUAUAUGCUGUGUUUUUAUCUUCAUACAUUUAUUCAUAUAUUCCACUGCUGUUUUGUCUAUAAAUCAUGUCUGCCUUUCAUUUUAUUUUAAUAUAGAAAAUAAUUAACACAGAGAAACACUUUACAGUUGAAUAAUAUGUAGAUUUAGGAGAAUGAAUUCAGAUAUCUGGGAUCUUUGCUUUUUCCAACUCAAUGCAGAUAUGACCAUUUCCACAAGCUUCUACUCUGAUGAAAACAUUGUACUGAGCUUCAUGUUGCAUUUUCUCAGUAGAUUAUCAUGUAUAUCAUGUUUUUCUUCUUUAAAACUUUAAAGUUCUUUAAAACCUUUGUUUCUGAUAUUCACAUUUUGUUUUUAUUUUUUGUGUAUAAUAAAUGCAGUCAUGAAUAAAUAAUAACAAUUUUC